GGGAGUUCUGCAGAUGUAGCAGCACUGGAAGUUCGGCAAGAAACAGUGCUCCAGCGCCUGCGUGACCUGAAAUUACAACUGGAUAAGCUGCAAUCAAGCAAAUUUUCCUCUUUGUCUCCAUCUAAAAGUAACUCCACUGCCAUUGGUGCUGCAGCUCAGUCCUCGCCCCUGAAGACUGGAACUGUACAUGAUCUGGUGAUAUCAGCCAAUCCUAGCAGGCCCCCAUACUUUUUGGUUUUAUUAAGAAAGCUUUUAAAGGAUGCUGGCUAUCCUGUUUAUUCAGUCGACCAUCUGCACUCUUCUGUGCAUCAUGUUGAUGAAUCUGUACGAGGAUGCUUCUCUGAUAAGCCACUUGGAGACCGAAGCAAGCAUAACUUGGCUUUACUUUCACUAUUUGCCUUAUGCUUGGAAAGACUUCUUGGUUAG